AUGAGAGAAACAAAAUCAUGGAGCUCUGAAAAACGGGCUAACCGGGCUUUGCCCUCCUAUGACAACGGCCCAUUAUCUAGCUUAUGUGGACUGGGCCAAGAUAGCCCAAUAAUUGAGGAAAUGGUUUAUUUAUUUAUUUAUUUUAUUGGGUCAUUCGUUGGUCACGUCCUGAAUAUAAUCACCCACGACCUUUUCUCGGAUAAAUACUACCGAUUCUUCCCUUCGGCUUCACAAUUGUGCACAAAAACAAAGCAGUUCCCUCCAACAGCCGCAGAAAAAGGUUCAACAGAGGCGUCAAUUUUCGGCGAAGAUGAGUUACUACAACCAGCAGCAGCCGCCGGUGGGAGUUCCGCCGCCACAAGGUUAUCCUCCCGAGGGAUAUGCGAAGGACGCUUAUCCGCCACCGGGAUAUCCGCCACAGGGAUAUCCUCCGCCGUCUUAUCCUCAGCAAGGAUAUCCGCCUCCGUAUGCACCUCAGUAUCAGCAGCCUCCGCCUCAGCAGCAAAGUUCAACGGGACCUGGUUGUUUGGAAGGAUGUUUGGCUGCUCUUUGCUGUUGCUGCCUUUUGGAUGCGUGCUUCUGAGAAGACAUUGAUGGUGCACAGGAUGAUUCAAGCAUGUUUAACCCGGAACACAGUGAAAUAUUGUUACUCGUUUUAAGUCUUCUUUUUUGGUUUUGUGACUGCUUUAUUUUAUUUUAAAUAACUUGGAACUAUAUAUAUUGCUUGCACAAUGUCACCGAGUCCAUGAUCCCAAGUAUAUAUAUUAUGGUUUAGAAUCCAAAA